AUGCAAUUGAAAUCCGCACUCUGCUUAAUUGCCAUUUCCGGUAUUACCCUUCCGGCGUCAGCAGCAAGACUCGCAAGAAACCGCUAUACUCAAAGCCGAACGGAAGUCAAGGAGGCUACUAUUGGCUGCUUGGUUUUCCUAUGGGAGGAAAAUGCGGAUAAAGUCAAGGAAUAUAUUCAACAACAAGAGAUUAACGCCCCUGGUUAUGUGGCGUUUCAGCACGGCCGCAAGACUAUAGAGGCUAACUUAAACCCCUAUUGCGAAAAGGAGAGAUUUGUUAAUCAUCUCGGGCCGAGCUUUGGCUUCCAUGUUCGCCGCAUAUUUGAGUCCAAACAAGGCAAAAGCGCGGUGUCCAUGUGGAUGACGGAAGUCUCGGACAGUACUUGA